CUUGCUCCAAGGAUAGAGGAGCCCCUUGGAGGGCUCGCCUCGGAGUUGGGCUGUGGCCCUUUUGCGUGAUCUGGAGCUCCAACGUAUAAUUCUUCCUUCUCGACAGUUGGAGUUCCAAUCACAGGCUCUCAAAUGGAUGCUCUUUGUAGACGCUCCGCAUUUGCCUCUGCAAACGAACUCUGCAUCAGGAAACAAGUGGCAAAUGUCAAGACGCUUCGGGUACAAGCAAAAACUCUGUAUACCUGCCGAAUGCGCAGUCCAAUGGAACAAUCGAGCAGGCAGAAAAAUGAGUCCGUGAAGCUGGACAUGAAGGGUGUUCUCUCGUUCUUCAAGAAAAGCUUGGCUGUUGCAGCGGCUUCACUGGUUUUGACGCAGUCCCCUUGUCCGGUACUUGCUGACGAAGUUUUGACCUUUCCCGGAUCAAGUUUUAACGAGGUGCUUACAGUUCAGCGAACACUUCUCCAAGCGUGGAGCAUCAUUCGAGAUACAUAUGUCGACCCGACGUUCAAUAAGCAAGAUUGGACAUCGCAACUAAAGGACACGAUUCUGAAACUCUCGACUUUGGAUUCGUCUGAAACUGCAUACGAGCAAGUCCGUGACAUGCUUGCAACUCUUGGCGACCCUUACACUCGUAUAGUCACGCCAAAGGAGUAUGAAAACUUCCGUAUAAGCAACGAUGGUGCUGUUGAUGGUGUUGGUUUGUUGAUUGCGACUGAGCAAGAGUCUGGCAAGCUGGUUGUGCUUGCCACAAUUGAAGGUGGCCCAGCAGAACGAGCAGGCGUACGUCCUGGAGACGAGCUCGUUCAGAUAGAUGAUGUGGCUCUUGUUGGAAUGAAUGGUGAAGACGCCGCUAUAAAACUCCGUGGAAAGGCUGGAACUAUCGUCGGUGUGAAACUCCGACGAACGCUUUCUCCAGACACGUCUUCCGCGCCAGAGCUGAAAGAGCUCAAGCUGAAACGCGAAACCAUAUCCAUGUCUCCAGUUUAUACUGCAGUGCUGCCACACACAAACUCGUCUGGCCGGAAAACAAGCACUGGAUACAUACGCCUGGCACAAUUCUCACAGAACGCAGCCGCAGAUAUGCAGAAGGCCAUCUUCAAACUGGAAGAAAGCAACGUGGAUUCCUACAUACUUGAUCUCCGCAACAAUCCGGGAGGAUUGGUGAGAGCUGGACUAGAUGUUGCGGAGAUGUGGCUGGAUGGCAACGAAACUCUAGUGAACACUGUCGAUCGACGUGGGGUCACUCUUCCCAUCAAUGUGGCUAGAGGCCACGCUCUUACACACGAUCCUCUUGUGGUACUUGUAAACGAAGGCAGCGCUAGUGCUAGCGAGAUAUUAGCCGGGGCUCUUCACGACAAUGGAAGAGCCAUACUUGUGGGACACAAAACGUUUGGCAAAGGCAAGAUACAAAGCGUUUCUCAACUCUGGGAUGGCUCGGCUUUGUUCGUGACCGUCGCAAAGUACUUGUCACCAUCUCUCCACCAAAUCGACCAAGUUGGAAUCGCUCCCGACGUGGAGUGCUCUCCACUCAUAUCUCCAGACGACAUGAGCGAGGCCGCGGGGCCAGAAAAAUUCCUGGAGCGCGAUGCAUGCGUACUAGUCGCGGAACAUCUGAUCGAGUGAAAAGAAAAGAGAUAGAAAAGAAAACUAUACGUCAAACUUGUAAAUUCUCAACGAUUUGUUGAACAUACCUUAUUGGCUCUUGGCAGAA